AUGUAUCGAGGGCGUCUCCCCUUCCCCUUCCACUCGGUGCUGUGCCUCCUCCCAUCGGCGCGCAAUGCAUCAGUGCCAGUGCAUCUGCUGCGAGAGGCGGUGGAGUACCAUCGGCUGCAGGGCGCCGCCGUGGUGGCGCUGUACGACAGCGGCGGGUGGCUCGCCGUGGAGCUGCAGGAGCGCUUCCAUGGGGACUUUGAGCGCAGGGUCGUGCGCCGCACGGACUUCAUGGGCGUGAAGCAGUUUGACCUUGAGAGGAACGGGCAGGUGCGCGCAGCAACGCUUGCGCGUGUUUUCGCAUGCAUACGCACAUACACAGUGUGCUUCCCUCUGCGUCUUUUCCCUUUCCAGGUGUUGGCAAUGCAUGUCUCUGUGCACCACCACACCUUUACGGCCCUUCCCCCUUCCACUCCUUUCGUUGCCACCCCGUUCCAUCCCCUUUACCUGCCACCCCCACCACCCUUCAAACCCCCCCCACCCCCCUCUCCCCUCCACCAGGUGCUAGCAAUGCACGACUGUGUGCACCGCCACGCCUUCACGGCGCGCUGGGUCAUCCCUGCGGCCAUUAACGAGUUCCUCUUCGUCGGCCUGCCGCCCGCCUCCAUUCCCUCCUUCCUUGACCCCUUCGCCUACCCCGCCACCUCUUCCUCCGAGACCUCCCUCUCAGACCCCCUCGUUGAUUCCGCCGCCACUGCCGCCGCCGCUGCGGUAACUGCAUCCGGAGGUUCGGCAGCCGCGGCCGCCGAAGCUGCGGCGUACGUUCGGGCGGUGCCGUGGGUGAGCGUGGGCAGCCAGUGGUGGUCGACGCGACUGUGCGCGCUGCCGUUCCGCGUGCCUGAGGGCGAGGCGUUCUCGAUGGAGCGCAUGGUGUUCCGCUGGCCGUACCCCGUCUGCCACGACCGCAUCCGCUUUCCCGACCCCCACCUCUGUCCCGGGGAGGCUGGCUUCCGCCACCUCAUCAUGGAUCCACGCAAGGUGCGAUGGGGUGGGGGGAAAGUGAGGGGGGAGGGGGGGUAG